ACAAAAAAUAUUUCGUUAAAACUUCAAAUAAAUAAAUCCUUGGCGCGAGCUGAUAUCCGCCAGACUUUCAGCAAUUACAUGAAAUUCAUUUUCCCGCCAAACUUCACUCGCGCCAAGUCCGAAGGACAUAAACAAAAGAAGAAGAAGAAGACAAGCCCUAAUUCUUCAUUUCUUUCCCGGUCGCCAGAGUUCCCUCCUCCAGCAGCUCCGCCGUCUGCUGCCGUCUAACGAUUCUUCAGUCGAACUUACGGUCUUAGGGUUUCGAUGGAGAUCUCAAAGCCCCAAUCGUUCUUCCAAGACAUCAGAUUCAGAGAGCUCCACGGAUUCAGAGCUCGGAAGCGGCGGUACGUCAAUGGCCUAGAAUCGGAUUUCUACGAAAUUGGCGCCAUCGCUGCAGAGCACAAUGGCCCUCCGAUGUCAAUCUCGUUCGGCAAGACUUGGAAAAGCUCACACAUCAUCGCCAUGUCCGACGAGGACGGGUACCUGAGCCUGUUUGAUACGCGCAGCAAAUUCUCUGCAUCUGCAUCUCACCAAGAAAAUGCAGAUAAAACUAAGGUUUGCGAUUGGGUUGCACAUCAUAACACUGUGUUUGAUAUCUGUUGGAUUAAGGAUGAUACUCAAAUUAUGACAGCUUCCGGCGAUCAGACUAUCAAGGUAUGGGAUAUUCAGGAAAAGAAAUGUACUGCAAUACUGAUGGGGCACACAGGAAGUGUGAAAUCUCUGUGUCCUCAUCCAACUAAUCCCGAGGUUAUUGUCUCUGGCUCGAGAGAUGGCUCGUUUGCUCUUUGGGAUAUGAGAUGUACUUCAAGCUCCAAAAAUAUGCAGGGGGAGGUUUCUAUAUGCUCAACUGCAGUGGUUAAAGGGGCUCAUAUUGUUCCACGGGCAAAGCGUGUAAGGCGCAGAAAGGCUGUUUCCAUGAGCAUCACAUCAGUUCUUUAUCUUAAAGAUGAGGUCUCCAUUGCUACCGCCGGAGCUGUGGACAGCGUUGUAAAGUUUUGGGAUACCAGAAGUUUGAAAAAUGUUGUCACACAGACAUGCCCUCAACCGGAGUCAACUGAGAAGGAAAGACGAUUGCACGGUAUAACUAGCUUAUCCCAAGAUUUCAAUGGAGUGUUGCUUUCAGCGUCAUGCAUGGACAACAGCAUAUAUUUGUAUAACGUACUUCAGCUACAUAAGGGUCCUGUGCAAGCGUUCACCGGAUGCCGGAUUGAAACAUUUUUUGUCAAGUCAGUUAUUAGCCCCGACGCUGCUCACAUAGUCAGUGGCUCGAGCGAUGGAAAUGCCUAUAUUUGGCAGGUAAACAAGCCUCAGGAAGAUCCCGUGGUAUUGAAAGGCCAUGACAGGGAAGUUACAGCAGUAGAUUGGUCCCAGUUUGAGGUCGGGAAGAUGGCGACGUCGUCAGAUGAUUUUACGGUUCGCAUUUGGAACUCUCAGAAUAGUUACUCCACAAGCACAAGCUCACCAUCUACAGUUCGAAGAAGAGUUAUGGCAAUCCCAAGCGCAGAGUGUAGAAAGCUUCUGAUGCGUGAAUCAACGAUACAUACCUCAAAGGUUUCCGGAAAUUUGUGUCCAUCAGCCGAAGGAUUAGACGAAACAAACUCACUAAAUCCAAUUAGUAUGCCCAAAAUGAGUACUCCCCCGUCACAGAAGAAACAAUCUAUGUCGGAUCCUGACUUUAGCAAGACCUUCGAGAAGACCCCUGAAGCUGCAUCGGAGAGCCCGUCUUCUGUUCUGAACCCUCCCUCCUCCCUAAAAAGGAAAACAAUCCGUGAUUACUUUGGAGUACCUCCCUUAAACUUGUAGGCUCUCUUUUUCCUUGGGUUUAUUGUACAAAGUGCUGACAUUCCCUCUGAGUCUACUGCUUCAUAACCGGAUGCAUCAACCCUGCUUUCAGAUUAUUUCAACAGUAAGUGCAAAAAAAAUUUCCCCGACACUUUGUUUCCUCGAAAUCUCAUUCUUAGUUUCGAAGUUCUAUUUUUUCUGGUUUGAUUUUGUGCAGGUUUCUAUAAGGAAUUUAAAGCGCAUACAGAAGAUUUUUACAGGUGAAAAUAUCACUCUCAUCGCAUUGUAUUUUUGUGCCAUAAGUAACUAGGGUGUGAUUUCAAAUACAGUUUUAGAUGCUUACUUAGCAAA